UUAAGGAUGGUUUAGUAGCAUAAAUUAGUACUUGUUUAACAUUUUCCCACCCCCUUUAAAGAUUCGGUGCCGAUCAGCAGCUGUGUUGUGUUACUAUCCGCUAUUUGUAUGUGUAAAAAGAAGGGGGGUUAUUGGCUUUUUCCAGUCAUUUUUAUAUUCCGGUAAAAUACAGGCGGAUGGGUUUUGCUCUAAGGGGCUUGUGUCCCUUUUUAAAGAAUUUUUAGGAGCGGGGAGAAGGUUGAAAACUACGAUUCGUGUUAGUUGUUUUGUUUUGUUGUUGGGUUUUGUUUUUUUGGUUUUUUUUUUUUCCCAAAGGAUUCCCAGAGAACAGGACGGGGAGCGCUGUGAGGGGACCGGCGGCCGCCGCUGGCGGGAAGCGGCUGAGGGGGAGCCGCUGCUCCGUGGUGCUGCCCCGAGGCAGCGCUCGGGGGAGGCGGGAAGCGCGGCGGGGAGCUCAGCUGAGGGCUGAGCUCGGCUCGUCCGGCUCCUUCGGCGGCCUGCCAGCUCCCAUCUGGCCUCCGGCCCCCUCCGAGCGCUGCCCCGCGGCCGGAGCCGCUCCGGCGGGGGAAGGAGGUGCGGGCCGUGACCGCUCUUCUCCUUCCGGGCGAGGGCAGGGCGGGCUGGGGCGGAGCCAACAUGGCGGCGGCUCGGCUGUGGCGGCGGCUCUGUCAGGGAUCAGCUUUUCCUGUCAGUUAUGCAAGCAGAGUUAUGCAAAAGCAGUAUUUUCUUCCGAGCUCCAACCUGAUGGGAGCACGGCUGGCUGGAUCCCACAGUGAUACACAGGAGCCGAAGACUAAUCCUUUGGUAUCUGUUUCAGAUGAGCCAGAAACACUGUACAAGAGAUUGUCCAUUUUAGUUAAAGGCCACGAUAAAGCUGUGUUGGACAGCUAUGAAUAUUUUGCAGUGCUUGCAGCAAAAGAACUUGGCAUCUCUGUUGAAAAAGUAGAUAAACCCCCGAAGACGAUAGAACGAUUUACACUUCUCAAAUCUGUACACAUUUACAAGAAGCACAGAGUUCAGUAUGAAAUGAGAACACAUUACAUGUGUUUAGAGUUAAAAUUCCUAACAAGCAGUACUGCUGCAGUUUACUUGGAGUAUGUGCAACGAAACUUACCUGAAGGGGUUGCCAUGGAAGUGAAAAAGACUAAGAUAGAGAAAAUACCAGAACACAUUCAGAAACCUGUUUGGGAUACACUGCCUCAAGUAGGAGAAACUGAAGUAAAGUCAUGAACACACCAGGUACUUGGCUCCAUUAGUACUGAAAUUCAUUGCUCCUAUCAGCCUCAUUUACUGAGACAGUGCAUUGUUAAAUAAAGGUUCUUGUAUAAAAGAAAUUAUAUAAACUCUUGUUUCAUCAAGUUUUUCUUGCUCAUAACUCCAGUACAUGUAGACUGAACUGCUGUAAAGUGAAGAAGUUUGACUGUUCUGUGAUCAGUGACUAUGGUCAUUUUUAAUAAGUUUGUAGAAAGGUAAAGUUUAUUUGUAUUUAUAUAUAUGUAAAAGUACGUGCCUAUGUACAUAAAUACAAAUUCACCAUCUUUUGAUACUAGAUGGCUUCUAAAUGCUGAAAUACUUGCAAAUCCACUCAGUGUUUGUGUAA